UCAUUUGAAUUUGAAAAGCAUACACUCCCGGCAAGAAGACUUCUUUACGACCGUAAUUCGAGAGAAGAUUCGCCUUGUACCUGGCGUCAAUCGAGUUUUUUAAAGUGAUAAAGAUUCACUUUCUUGAAGGAUGAAGAGCAGAUACAUGUUGCUGCUUGUUAGCUUGGCUAUUCUGCCUUUGUACUUACACGGCGAAAAAUGCACACAGGAUCAAAUCACUUACGAUUUUACCGAAUGCGAUUCGGCCGAAGGAAGAUGGCGAGUUGCUGUUCCUAAAAAAGAUGGAGGUUGCACUGUGGAAGGCGAAGUACCCGUGCGGCAAAAGGGGUGUUCUUUCACAUGUGAUCCAGGACAUUAUGUUGAUGUGACAAGUAAGACCUUGGAGUGUAAAGCUUGUGCUAAAGGAACAUACAGUGUUGGAGGAGGGGUGCGCUUCAGUGACUGGGAUAAACUUCCAACUGGAUUUGAGAGUCGCACAGUAGAUGAGCAUUAUCAAGAAUAUGGAUAUGACAAUGAAUACUUCAAAGAAGCAAGUGGAGCUAACUGCUCAAAGACUGGAUGGUUACCAUCAGGUGACAGUAUCAUGUCACCAGAAGAUGAAUGCACCUCAGAACUGUCAUAUGCCGUCACUCUAGAAAGAGAUGGUCAUGUGCAAUUUGAUUAUUACUACACUGAUGACAUCUAUACUGUUUUCCGUGUAUUUGUAAGAAAUGAUCAGUGCAAAGUUUCUAGUCUGGAUAAAGAGGAUAAGUUCCCUCCACGUACUACAAACAGUGAAUGGGGAACAACCAAGAUUGAUUUGAAAGCUGGUAGGAAUGUGAUCAAUUGGCAAGUUACAGCAAUCACCUAUGGCUCUCAUGACAGACGAGAACCUGUUUACAUCAGAAGCAUUGAAAUUCAAGGGGUGUCUUACACAUCAGAGUGCACACCAUGUGAAGCAGGAUAUUACAACAGUGAGGAAGCCCAAGGAAGUUGUAAAAUGUGUCCUGCAAAUACCUUUUCUGCCCCCGGUGCUACAGAGUGCUCAAAAUGUAAUGAGGUCACUGAAUAUGCUGCUCGUGGAGCAAGGAAUUGUACAUUAAGGAAGCCAUGCACAGAGCAAGACUACUACGACAUUCGCACAGCAUGUGAUAGUGAACACAAGACCCAAGUAAAGUAUAUGUGGAUAGAACCAAAGAUCUGCAGAGAUGACGUGGAUGGAGCUAAGAAGUUGCCUGCAUCUGGCGUGAAGGAAGAUUGUCCUCCUUGUAACCCUGGAAUGCAUCUUAAUGGCACAGGCGAAAGCAGUUCUUGUGUCUUUUGUCCUGUUAAUGAAUUCAGUGAUGGCAAAGCAGAGUGUAAGAAGUGUCCAGUGUCCACUGAGCCAGUUUAUGGGCAUCACCUCACAUGGUGGCAUAGUGUUCCAGAAAAUUUAAGAGCCACUUGUUUCUCUAUGUCAGAUCGUGGAUGCACCACAAAGCAGGGCUGGCAACCUCGUGGAAACUACCUUGACAGUGGCAUCAAUCAAGCAGAUGAUGUCUACAUGACACUGAAACUUCCUGUAGAAGGCUUUGGAAGUCCUGAGGGUCUUAAAAAUCCCAAACGUGGCCAGUUUGGUGUUGUGGAGUUUGUCUUUGAAUUGAUCUGUGAUGGAGAGUGUACUUUUAAAUUCAAAGAGAAGCCACAGUCUAAAACUACAAAUGUGAUUCAAACAUGGAAAGGGAGAAAUGGAAAGCAGAAGUACAGCUACAUCAUUUCCUCUCGGAGGGAAACUCAGUUUAUCUGGACAUUUCAAAAACAGAGUUCCUACUCAUUUAGUGAUGAUCAACUGUCUUACACCUAUGGUAGUGAUCGAGUGAAGAUUUACUCCAUUACUGUGAACAACACCAUCGAUGGAGGUGCUGAUCAUUGCCGAUCCUGUCCAGUAUCUUCAGGGAGUGGAUGUAUAAGCUGUCCCAAGGGUAACUAUGUGGAUACUGAGAAGCACAAAUGUGUGCCGUGCCCUAUAGGCACCUAUUUGAACACCAAUGACCCAUAUGGAUCUAAAGCUUGUGUCAAAUGUGGACCAGGUUUAACCAGUGAGGCGGGAUCCACCAUGUGUCAUUCUGACUGUUUCUAUACCUCCAUCAAGCAUAUGCGACAAUUCAACUUUACUGGUCUCCAAGGACCUCAGAGCGUUGCCACUGGUCCUUCGUUCACCAAGCGUGGCUUCCGGUACUAUCACCUCUUCAACAUGAAUUUGUGUGGACAUCCAUACAAAAUGGCAAAGUGUCACAAUAACAUCAGUCUUUCCACUGGCAAAUCAGAAGCCUACAAUUUGACUUCACCUGUUUGCCGCAUGACCGUUGUUCCUGACCCAGUUCUGAUGACUACACAGACAUUAAGCAUUGCAGACCGCCUUGAAGGCAUUUAUGAAGACAUUGCCGACAAUAAGACCAACGAAACCUCAGUAUUCGCUGGAAAAGAAGUGAAAAACACCUCAACCUUUUUCUUGUUCAAGUUCCACGGUGACAAACCCACUCAAGCCUGCCCUAAUGGCCGGUCAGUUUGGACAACAGUGCUGUGUGACCCUAAAGUAGGAAAGGGUUCGUUUGAGUUGCCCUCCAAAUGCCCGGAUGGUACCUGUGAUGGCUGCCGGUUUGAGAUCCUGUGGCGCACGCCUCAUGCGUGUCCAACCUGUUCGCAAUUUGAUUACCGCAAAGUGAUUUCCUCUUGUGAGAGUGGAAAGAAGAAGACUACAUACAUGUGGAAAGAACCAAGAGUUUGCCAAGGAGGUGUUCCCUUACCUGCAGAACGAGAAACCAAAUGCAGUAUUUUUGAACAGUCGGUUGGCUCAGCUAUGAGGGACUUCAAGAUUGUGAUUGCUGUUGUUGCUGCUCUUGUUGUGCUGAUGAUCUGCGCAGUCUUUGGCUUGUGGUACAAUAACCGAAAGCUGACAUACAAGUAUCAUCGCCUGGUAAAUAAGAGUGGUGAUAAUUCUGGUGAGUUGCCAGGUGUGGAGAGAUGUGUGGUGGACGACGACGAAGAGGACGAAGAAGAGGUUCACUUUAAAGUCGGUAAGGACCGCGGUAAGAAGAUUCUGAAGAAAAUAAAGGACAUGGCCAGUGGUGGAAAGAAGAAGGAGAAGGUUACAUUUGAUGACGAAGACGAUGAAUAUUUUGAGUCUGUUCACCUGGAGCCUGGAAAAGACGCACUCGUCGGCGACUUCCAGUAAACAUGAAACUCGACACAUAAGACAUGCUGUUAUGCAAUCACAUGAAAUUCAAUGAUCAUAGAAUUGAACCUCUUGUCUUCACCGCUAUUCCACCGUCAAUACAAAUCAAGUAGUUGGAGGAGCAGUAAACUAAAGAAGCUACGUCACUGUGUUUAGUUUUUGCGCCGUGCAAAACCCACCUUCAGAUUUCAGAAGGCUAUGAAAUAUUAGCUCUGUAGGUUUGAAAAAACGCAAAGGAAGCGAUAUUAUACCAAGAAGGAAUAAGGGUGGCUUACGAUGGAGAAGGUUGACACGGAUUGCAAAUAACGCCAUUUUUAGUUAUGAAUAAGCCAAUUUUUGAGAUUUUUUUAUUGUGGCGUAGCUUCUUUCCCAAUUAAAUAUCGCACGGCAUUCACAAGUAGCAGGAUAAUUGCUGUCUAUUAAGCGAAUCUCAUAGAAAUAUUCUAGUUACUUUUCCUUGAUCUUAUUGUAGAAAAAACAUUGCAAUCAUUUAGGACAACUUACGUGCUAAGUAAUGUGUCUCAAAAGAAACAUUUUCAUUGUCCAUGGAUGGGGGGGUUAGUAACGUGAUGAAGCUCAUGUGAGGCUUUGCGUUACCCUAAUUUCCUUCGGUUAUUGUAGACAUCCCAUUUAAAGCAAGCAAGGGAACUUGAUGUCGAUCGCCUUCCAUUUUGGUUUCAUAGAUAUGGAAAUUUGACACACCUUUUCUCUUUCAAUCUAUAAAUGUCAAACACACCAUUUGUUUGCUGUCGUAUCGCGCAAUAUUGUUUUAGAAUUGAUUACUGAAGAAUUAGGACUUAUUUAAACUUGUAUGAUAAGGAAACACGAGGCAGGAAGAAACAGCGAUGAGCCUUGUAAUAAUUGUACAGGAAUUCGUUGUCUCUGCUUGGUAAAAUGUUCGAUACUAUCAAAUCAACUAACUACGUUUGUUUGAGUCUGUGGUUGCCUGGAAAAGUUUUCCAACAAAUUUUUCCAAAGCACAGUUUAUGAACGUAAUUUCUGUCCAUUUGCGUCCUGUUGAGUAUUUUCGAGUGCAAUUUGAUGUUGAUAAGUACGGUUACUCUGGUUUUACGUAGAAAAUAAUAAAUUUAAUGCCGACUCUUCAAAGUACAGGAAUGAAAUCGAGAAGAAGAAGAGUUAACCCAUCCAAGUAGGGAACCCAGCCAGUAAGGCAACUGACUACGACGACACUCAAGCGAAUGUUGAACGCGGUCAGUCACAGGCAUCCCACGUAUUUAUGUAGCGUGUUUUAGUAGCAUUUAGUUUCCACAGUAACCACUAUCACCUUUUCGCACUUCAUUUGAAUAUUUAUGGUCAAAUUUAAGAAAACACUGAAGCUAUAAUUUUUUAGUUUAGCUAAAAUAGAGAGUGUGAAAGUGCUCUACAUAUUUUUAUUCACUGGCCCCGAGAGUUCAAAGUAAGACUUUUACAUUGGAAUCAAUCUUCGUUGCACUGAAUACCUUUAUUAGAGCGACAAAUAUUUUAAAUGUUCGAAGAUUGCGAGAGGAGCUCGGUAACGGCGAAGUGAUAGAUCGGCUUAGACUCGGGAAACUUUCGAAGACCUUCGACCUUUCCGUCGUUCACCGAAAAGGAUUCUUUGCGAGAAGUAGAUAACCAUGGUAAUAAAUUAUCUGUAAUUUAAUUUCUAAGCGUUAACAUUAAAUUCACUCACAAAACGUGGAGAA